UUACGGUCCCUUUCCGUUUCUCUCUGCGGCGCGAGACGGUUGCGCGCACACGAUCAGCUGAAUAAACCGAGCACAAAACCAGCAAAAGACCCUGUGCCUCUUGUUAAGUGAAAGAGUGUCGCGGUGAAGCGCCCCGGACGGGAAGUUAAGAGACCUCUCAAGUCAAACCAUGGAUCAUCCCAAGCUGGAUCAGAAACAGUGUCCCCUUCAGACAGACAGCACCACCGCUGUGGUUGCAGAAGGGUGGUCGGGAGUUGUACCCCAGGGAGGCAACGGGGGCUGCACCUCCUCCUCUCCGGAGAGCAGCAGCCUGAACGGAGACGCCCAUCGGGGUGGGAAGAAGCAGAGGCGUCGCAAGCGCUCUUCUCGUGGUGAAGGCCAGGCCCCUGGCAAUGAGGGCCAGCUUAGUCGCGGGGACAGCCAGCAGCUAUCCGCCAACGAUGCCAGGUCCUCAGGGCCCAGUUCUGCUCUGCUAGGCCUUCAGGCAGAAACCAUAUGGUUCGAGUGCGGUGUCUACGAACGGGCUGAGAGCUUUUACCAGAAAUGGCUCGCCUGCUCUCUGAAUGGGACUCUGCCCUCUGAGGUGCUCGCUGCACCAUCACCUUGCCAGGAAAACCCUCCUUCUCCACAUUCAGCGGCACCCAAGCCACCAGUUGACUGUCGCCACACCGACCAGGUUGCCUGCCACCACCUGGUGAAGGCAGUGUGGGUCAACAAGCCGGCCUUCGACUCAGCAGAGAGCCACUUCAUGGAGCGUGCCCAGCGGAAAGUGGACACCGUCCUGCCUUCAGCCCCUGCCUCGCUCCCCCUUCAACCUAGUCGUGACUUGACUACGCAGCAAACCCCUGAUGAGGGGUACCUUACCCUCACUCCAACCCCUGCCACUCCUGCAACCCCAUCUCUGCUGGGUAACCAGCAGCGCUCCAUCAACGGUCUGCCUCCCUUCCCAGCCGAGCUGCUCAGGGACGUGUGGGUGGAGAAGCCCCGCUACGACUUGGCAGAGUCAGCCUACUAUCAGAAUCUGUACGGGAGACCCCUCGCUUCACCCCAGGUGGGACAGGACCCCCAAAGAGCAAAGGAAAUGAGCAAGGGGAUGCGGGUGCCGCAAGGCAGCCAGAAGAGGCCCAAUUCUAAAGGGGAUCCCACCCUGCGAAAGGAGAACACAAUGAGUGCAGUGCAGUACCUGGCCCAGGAGAAGAUCUGGUUCGAGAAGCCGCAGUACGACGAGGCCGAACGUCGCUUCUACGAGGGCGUCAAUGGCCCCACGCGCGCACCACAGGAGACUGGAGCUAAUACCAUUCUACAGGACAUUGCCAGAGCCCGCGAGAAUAUCCAGAAAUCGCUAGCCGGACUUCACGCUGGUCUCUCCUCCUUCCCUCCCCCUCUCUCUCCUUCCACCCCUUCACUCCCCCAAAUCCCCGCUUCACAUAAACUCCAGCUGAAGACAACGCUGCAUCCUGGGAAAGGUUCUUCCCGCUCUAAGAACCGCCAACCCCAACCUUCUGCCACAGCCAGCGCAGGAGAGAGUGGUGAGCUGAUUGCACGUAUGAGGAGUUUGGAGUUGGAGAACCAGAGCCUGCACAAAGUGGUGGAGGACUUGCGAUCUGCUCUGUCCAAGUUGGAGUGCAGGGUGGCUGACCUGGAAAAAGGCCCAGCGGCAGCACCAGCAGCAACCUCCUGUGCCAAGGCAGCCCCGGCCCAGCAGCCCAAGGUCCGUGCCCCAGUCGAGGAAGACGACGACGACGACGACCUGGACCUGUUCGGCAGUGAUGAAGAGGAUGCAGAGGCAGAGCGCAUCCGCGAGCAGCGGGUGAAGGAGUACGCCGAAAGGAAGGCCAAGAAGCCUGCUGUCAUCGCUAAAUCCUCCAUCCUUCUGGAAGUUAAACCUUGGGAUGACGAGACAGACAUGGCCAAGCUGGAGGAGUGCGUACGCUCAGUGCAGGUGGACGGCCUGGUGUGGGGCACUUCCAAGCUGGUGCCAGUGGGCUAUGGCAUCCGCAAGCUGCAGAUCCAGUGUGUGGUGGAGGAUGACAAGGUGGGCACAGACAUGCUGGAGGAGGAGAUCACCAAGUUUGAGGACUAUGUACAGAGUGUGGAUGUGGCAGCUUUCAACAAGAUCUGAACCUUCCCCAACCCAAACCCCUGCUGCUAUGAGUCAUGUUAAACAAUAAAAUGUGGAGAUCAAG